GUACGUACGAGCUAUUCAUAUAACAGAACGUUCACUUCCGGUAGAGGCAUGAAAAAACAUUAUAAUUUAGAUUAAUUUACAAAUAGUUUUGCUUUCUGUUCAACGUCAAUGGGUAAACGUAAAGAAUCGGGGACAGAAGAGGACAUUUUCUCUGAUUCUUCAGCGGUAGGGCACAAGAAGCACAAAAAGCACAAGAAAAAGCACAAGCGGAAGAAGGAGCAGGGCGAGGAUUAUGCUGUGAUUCCUGAGGGAGGGACCAGCGGGGGGUCCAAAAUCAAACUCAAACUGAAAAUUGGUGGACAGACAUUGGGAACCAAGAGCUUGCCCUCUGUGGAGAAGACAGAAAACAGUGGGGAAGAUUCACCCAUCAUCGAUGUCACGGACGAAACCUGGGGGGUUGAUGAAUCGGCCUUCAUGACAAAGAAAAAAGGCGAGGACACAUCUGAUGAGGAGAAGGAAUGGCUGGAUGCUCUGGAGAAGGGGACACUAGACGACUCGGGAAUGCUGAAGAGGAGCAAGGACCCCAAACUCAUGACCGCUCGACAGAGGGCGCUGAUUCAUGGACAACAAGCCGAGCUACUACAACUGCCAUCAGGAUAUAAAACAGUAGAACUUACAGAGGAACAGGUGGAGAAACGGCAACAGAGAGCCAAAAAACGUCGGCAACAGGCCCAGGAAAAACGUGAGAAAGAUAAAAAACAAACUUUAGACAGACUUCUGAAAAAGCAGGAGGCCAAGUCAAAAGGUCCAAAGACCAAAGGCUCUAAGAGAAGCAACAUUCCCCGAGUCCGCUACAUCAACAACAAGUCCGAGGUGUCUAUCAGUGUUCCAGUGGGGAUACAGUUUCCAUUUCUGUCGCAGAAAGCCGAACCUUGCAAACCAGCAGUGAAUUGUGGCGUUAGCGGGUGUAAAAACCUGAAGCGGUAUUCAUGCUCCAGAACAGGAGUUCCUCUGUGUAGUUUGGACUGCUAUAAAAAGAACAUGGUGCUGAGUAGCACAAAAUUACCGAUUCCUGUCACGUGAUCCACCUCUCGGUUGACCUAUAGAGCUUCCUGUUGAUUUGUAGAGUUCAAGGUCCAUUGGUGUUGAUGGACGUCAACAAAGACCGUCCAGUCCAUGUGAGCCUCAUUUGUGUGAAGAUAUUGGUUGAAUGAAAUCAGUUUCAUGCUACAGACAGUUUUUGGAUAUUUAUGAUAAUGGCUAAAUACUUACGCAGUAUUAAAUGAAUAAAUUUUCCACAAAGGUCUCUAGAAAUUGUACAGAUUUUGAAACUAUUACAUAACAGGACAACCAUACAUGUAGUUAUACGACAGUAUUCAUUAAUACUGGGUUUUUAACUAGGUCUGCUGUUUUCUUCAAAUCCUUCUUAUCCUAUGUUUUCAUUCAAACUAUACAUGUAGGAAGAAAUGUGUAUUUGUUUUGAAUGAAGCAUGUAUAUUUCAAAGAUAAAAGAAUUGAUCCUCUAGAGCAGAGCUCAUUGACAAGUAUUCUAGGUGAGAUGUUUAAGGUUUGGUAUAUUAAUUUUUCAUUAAAGCACUACAUCAAA